CAGACUUGAAAUCAAAUUUUUUGUGCGACUACGACAUUCGAUUUGCUAAUCAAAUUAUAUACAAUUUAGUUUAUUAAGAAAGAAAACGAAAAAGAACAAUUUCCAGAAUUUGAUUUUUACGUGCCUUGUACACAAAACGCAUUUUUAACAUUUUGGACAGGUUAAUUAGUCGCAAAUUGUAUACAAUGAAUUCAUCUCUCAAAAAUGACCAGCACCUCACUGAGGAUGAAACUCUAGACCAAGGUUUCAAUUUGUACGACAUGCAAAAAAAGGUAAAGAGGGAUGUGUUGCUUAAAUAUUACGAGAGUUAUGACGAGGUUGUACCUCUAGAAGUUUUAAAAAGUGGCGGAUCUUUAGAGCCCUCAAAUGGUCAUCAAGAACAGACCCCUAUAUUGAAGAUUCCCGACGAUUGUUUACUCAAAAUUCUAGAGUUUUUUCCGUUCAAAGAUAAAUUGAACUUUUUAAAGUUUUGCUCUCUUUUUAGAGAUGUAUACCAAUGGCAAGUGGGAACUUCUUACAAGUCUAUCGAUUUCGAAAUGAUUCAUUCCUUAACAGAAUCGGAUAUGCGUUUUUUUUUUCUCACAUUUGGACGGCGUGUUCAGAGUUUUGAAAGCAAAAAAACGAAGUCGCCAGUAAAUUGUGAAUUGUUCUAUGAAUACUUUAAAGCGAACUGCGUAAAUUUAAAGUCCUUGGUGAUAUGGCACAGUGAAAUAAUUCAAAGUAACAUGUCCGAAAUGAUUACCAAUACUAGUAAGUUGGAAAAUCUGGACUUACGCCAUUGCAAUCUGUCUGAUGACACCUUGGUGGAUUUAAAAAGUAAAAAGAAUCUAAAAAGUCUCAGUCUUGCUGUAAAUGAGAAACUCAGUGGAUCAUCUCUAAUGAAGCUUCCAGCCUCCAUUCAAUCCCUGAACCUCCAAAGCUGUUAUGAAAUACUCUCAAAUAAUUCGAACACGGAGGCCUGGAAGGCUUUAUCAAAUUUGAAGGUCCUCAACAUCAAGUGUAUUCGAAACGUAUAUCCCGAUAUUUAUAAUCAUCUAACUUCAAUAGAAUCCCUGACCUUUAGCUUAUAUGAGAAUGUCCCAUAUAAAACGAUUGCCAAGCUGCCCAAUCUCAAGCAUAUUGAGAUUGCAGGUGUAAACACGACUAUUUUGGAAAAACUGCUUGAUCAGCUCGUCAAAUAUAAAUCACAGCAGCUGGAACAUUUACACAUUUGCAAUGGCGAUGGUAUGAAUAACCAAAUGCUCAUGAAAAUCGUAAAGCUCAGCGAAUUGCAGAAAUUUUUUAUCUUCAAUGCAGAAGCCCUUAAGUAUAAUAUAUUAACUAAGUUUACUACGCUAAAAAAACUGGAGCACUUUACUCUAUGCCAUUGCCAACACGUAACUAACGCUGCCAUGAUGCGCUUGGUGCUUGGCUGCCCAAAACUGCGAGUGUUGGAUCUGCAGCUUUGCUUCAACGUAUCGGAAAAACUAGUCCUUUCCGUUAUCCACAGUGUGGCCCGUCUAGUUAUGUACAAGAAGAACAACCGUGAAUUCCCCAUCCAUAUUUAUGGGGACUUCUUCACCGAAGAAUCAAUCAGGAGUCACCGUAACUUGGCUACCUCCAAUAUAAUUCAGAUUUGCCAUAGUGAAAGAAAAAAUGAUGAAGAUUUGACAAUGUAUAUUGAUUUUGAUGAAUAAACUUUGAAAAUGUAA